AUGGAGAUGGCGGAAGGCGGCAAUGUGAUGCAUCAUUGCAACGAAGUCCUCAACAUCAGCGCGAACCUCAGCAGCAUCGGCACCAAGAUGGAGGACGAGGACGUGGCGAUCUGCUUGUUGCGCAGCCUCCCCAAGAGCUACGAGAACGUCGUUCUCAGCUUGGAGAUGAGCAACGCGGAACUGCGAUCGCGAGACGUCGUGAGAGUGCUCACGAAUGAGCACAUCAAGAGACAAGGUGACAAGACGACAUCGGUGAAGACUGAAGACGCGGCGAAGGCGUUCAGUGCCGAGCGUGAACCUCGCCAGUGUACAUACUGCGGAAAAUUGGGGCACACGGCGGAGCGGUGCUGGACCAAGCAGAAGGACGAAAAUCAAGGUGGAGCUCGACGCGGCGGCAACAAUGCUCGUGGACGCGGAGCCAACAACGUUCAGUGGCGAACCAACAGCAACUACGACGACAACUACGAUCGAGUUGCGUUCACGGUUUCGCUGGAGGCUGGACUUUCGACGAGCAAGAAUAUGCCAGGGAUGUGGGCAGUCGACAGCGGUGCGACGCAUCACAUCUGCAACGACAAGGCCAAGUUUGCAAGCCUGAAUGAGCGAGAGGAAGGCGAACUAUCGGUGGCUGAUGGCAGCAAGGCUGCGAUCAAGGGUGUGGGAACCAUCAGGGAACGGGUGGUUCUGCCCAAUGGUAACGAACGCGACAUCGAGAUCAAGGACGCACUGUUCGUACCAAGUAUGAGCAAGAAUCUGCUUUCGGUGCCACAGAUCAACAAGGGUGGCAGGUUCCAAGUCGUGUUCGAUGGGUCCAAGAUGCAAGUGAAGCGCAAGAAUACCAAACAAGUCGUGGCAACAGCGGAUCUCGUCGAUGGACUUUACUGGCUGCGGACUACUCAACGAUCGGCGAAUGCAGCAACACGCAAUGGGGCUAUCGACUUGCAUGCGCGCAUGGGUCAUGCACCCCUCGAAGUUCUGCGCAAGAUGGUGGCCACCGGCAUGAUCAAGGACGCCAAGGCACCUCUCAACUCGACUGGUCCAAGUGUGUGUCGCGGUUGCCAGCCAAGAAAGAUGGUCCAAAAACCAUUCCCAACCAACCGUGACAAACGCCAAUAUGGUGUGUUCGAGUUGCUGCACUUCGACAUCUGCGGGCCAAUGGAACAAGUCUCGAUCGGCGGCAGCAGAUACUUACUGCUUGUGGUUGACGAAGCCAGCGGUUGCAUGAAGGGCUUCUGUCUGCGGUCCAAGUCUGAGAGUGAAGUCUGUAUCAAGAACCACAUUAUCAAGAUUCAGACUCAGUUCGGCACGAAGAUCAAGUUUGUUCGGCACGAUGGAGCGCAUGAGUUUGCGACCAACUCGAUCAAGACCUUCUACGAAGAUCAUGGUAUCGAACAACAGGUCACGGUGCCGUAUGCACACCAGACCAACGGCACCGCAGAACGCGCGAUAAGGACCAUCAACCGCCUGCCUUCACCCAAGAUCGACCACAAGACUCCGUUCGAGAUCGUGUACAAGUCGAAACCAAGUGUCAAGCACAUGCGCGUGUUUGGAUGUCGGGCGUUUAUCCUGACACCAAGGGAGAAGCGAUUGAAGUGGGACCCGAAGGCUCGUGAAGGGAUGUUCAUGGGCUACGAAGAAGCGUCAAAAGCUUAUCGAGUGUACGACAUUGAGGCGGGCCAAGUGGUGAUCAGUCGUGACAUCACCUUCGACGAAUCGACUUUUGACUUUUCGAUGGACCGACCAAGUGACGAUGAUGAAGAUGCGGAGUUGGACCUCGACCUCCUAGCGAUCAACGAGGACGACGUGCGUCAAACCGUCUACAAGCAGACUGGCAAGCGCAAGAGUGAAGCAAGACCCGGCAUGUCACGUUCAGCUCGCCCUCGAACUGGGUUGGAACAAGCAAGUGCGCCGGAACACGUCUCCAACCGUCACCAGAAACGACGAUCAAGUGCUCCAGAAACGAUGUCUGAUGACGAAGAAGAUGCGAGCGUCUACGAUCAAGAUGACGACUCGACGCCUCCAACAUUUUGGCGUGCAAGCGGAACUCAAGUCGAUGCAUCUUCGUGGAGUUUUCCGUGCGGCAAAACUGCCAAGAGGCCAAGGCGCGAUAGGCACCAAGUGGUGUUCAAGAUCAAGCGCAAAGCGGAUGGAUCGGUCGAGAAAUACAAGCCGCGUCUCGUUGCCAAGGGCUUCAAGCAGAAGUACGGCAUCGACUACACAGAGACGUUCUCGCCCGUGGUCAAGUACGUGACACUGCGUAUGGUGAUCGCGAUCACCAAGUAUUUCGACUGGCCACUGGACCAACUCGAUGUGGUGACAGCCUUUCUCUACGGAGUGAUGAAGGAGAAGGUGUACUGCGUGAUACCAGAAGGCGUCGAGAUGGAUGGCGACUUCGACUGUCUCGAGUUGGUGAAGGCGAUCUACGGUCUCAAGCAAGCUUCACGUGUGUGGAACAAGACUUUCGACGAGUUCGUAUGCUCUAUCGGUUUCGAAGUGUCGGCGUUCGACCCAUGUCUCUACAUCAAGGUUGUCGACGGUCACUGUGUGCUCGUGCUGGUCUACGUGGAUGACGUGUUGGUCACCGGCAGCUCGCUCGAGUUGAUUGCGCAGACGAAGGCCGACCUCAAGACGCGUUUCGAGAUGACCGACAGUGGCAAGUGUACUUUUGUACUGGGCAUCGAACUGGUGGACGAAUCGGAUGGCAGCGUGACGAUGUGCCAGCGACGGUAUGUCAACGACAUCCUCAAGCGCUUCGGCAUGGAUGAGUGCAAGGCCACAGCAAGUCCGGUCGACUUGAGCACUCGGCUUGUCGCAAGCAGCGAAGCGGCCAAGAUCGACGUUCCGUUUCGUGAAGCUGUGGGAGCUUUGAUGCACUUGACGACUGCGACGCGCCCGGACAUUGCGCAUGCUGUGGGUUACGUCUCGCGCUUCAUGGAGAAUCCGCAGCAAGAACAUUGGACGGCGGUGAAGCGCAUCUUUCGUUACUUGCAAGGGACCAAGUCGCACGGACUCCGCUUCCAGCCAAGCGACAAGAUCGACUUUCGUGGCUACUCGGACGCGGACUGGGCCGGCGACCACGCUGAUCGCAAGUCGACUUCGGGUUACACUUUCAUGCUGAUGGGUGCUCCUGUGAGUUGGGGAAGCAAGAAGCAGUCAAGUGUGUCGCUGUCGACGAGUGAAGCGGAAUACAUCGCACUGAGUCUGGCCAUCCAGGAAGGCAAGUGGGUGCAUCGCCUGCUAUGCGAGAUUUUGGCGGCCGCAAACGAACCAGGACCGGACCUCGUCAUCCGUGAAGACAACCAGUCGUGCAUCAAGAUGACGAAGAAUCCGGUGAAUCAUGGCCGCGCCAAGCACAUUGACAUCAAGUACCAUCACAUCCGUGAUGAGGUCAAGCGCGGUGAAGUGCAGCUCGAGUAUUGCGAGACUUCCGUGAUGAUGGCGGACAUCAUGACCAAGGGACUUUCUGGACCUCGCCACAAGGACUUGACGACGGCUCUCGGCAUUCGUGCGAGUUCGGAUUGA